AUGCCAAAGGGUGCUACCAGGCGACUGGAAGGAAACGAUCGAAGAGACGAGAUAAUCAUGCAUAUUAAUGGUUCACCAAUGAUGGGAUAUAUUGCCAAUGUGCCGAUACUUAUGCCACCGCAACACAUGAACGAUCCCAGAAUAAGAAUGUUAAAUCACCCAGUGGGUGGAAUGAACUUUUUUCCUAUGCCAGACGUCGAGCGGCCGCAGUAUUCGAAAUAUAAGAAUAAUCAAAGGAAAUUGGUUAAUGGCCGCAACAGCGGGUCCAAUUCUCCGGUGAAAAAUGAUCGGUCAAGCAGCGGACCAACAAAUGCCAAAAACAACCGAGAUUCGGCGAAGCCGGUUACAGUGAUUAACGUGCAUGAUGUUCACGAAAUACCGACGCAUUUGGCUGGCCACAAGACCAAACACGACAUUUACCCCAGGAAGCUCGACUACAAGCGCAUCAAAGCACAGCCUCUUGUGAAUUGUCCUGUCAAGGGAAAAGAACGUGUUUAUUACAGGCUCGAAACCCCACUACUCGCUGCAGAUUAUUCCCAGGGGUCUGCAAAAACGUUUGUAUCAAAGCUUUUAGACUCCAAAAGGGAUUCUUAUUUGUUCUCACAGCCCAUAAGAGUCGCUGACAAUGAAGACUGCUCCGUAGCAUCACUCAGUGAAUUACCAAGUGCCAUUGAUCGAUUUUUGCACCAUCCAAAAAAAUCUUCUAAACCCAAACCGAAAACCAUUGCCGAGCGGUUCGCGCAACAAGCAUAUGAAGGGGACGACAGCAUUGAUCUCAGUUUCGACGGCAAAGCCAUGGACAGAAACGAUGUCUUCAAAAUGGUAGAUUCGUUUUCUUUGGCCAUGGACGACGAUGGCUGCGAUGAUUCGAUCACCACCAAAAAUAUUCUACUACCAGAAAUCUGCGGAAUUAACACAGCUCUUUCGGCGAUUACUGAAAGAGAUUAA